AUGGCCCCCAAAGAUGGAAAUGAAUCGGACAAUGAUGAGGAGAUCCAAAACCAGAUGACUUCACAAGAAACAGGGACAACAGAAGAGAUAAGGGCGUUAAAACAACAAAUGGCAGAGCUGUGUCGACAAGCGAUCCGAUAUAUCCCCUUGAUUCGGCCCUAUGCUAACACAUCCAAUGUCGCUGGAAUUUCUAUGGUGCGCCCUUCGAAUACGCCUGUGAUAAGUAAUCCACUCUUUGUGUCAACUGCCCCGACUAACAGCAUCCCGCAGCCAACGAUGGUGCCCAAAUCCAAUAGCGAUCCUCCGCCCAAAGUUCGACGUGAUCAGAGUUACACUCUUGAAGAGGCCAUUAAAAUUCCAAGAUCUCAUCCCCACAUUCAUCAAUAUAGUUCCCCUGUCCAAAUUGAGAGGAUGGUCAAGAAUGAGGAACAUGAAGAAAUGACUAAGAAAAUGAAGAGUUUGGAACAGAGUAUAAGAGAUAUGCAAGGACUAGGAGGCCACAAAGACAUCUCGUUCAGUGACUUGUGUAUGUUUCCUCACGUCCAUUUGCCUACUAGUUUUAAAACAUCAAAGUUUGAAAAAUAUGAUGGUCACGGAGACCCCAUAGCUCAUCUAAAGAGAUAUUGCAACCAAUUGAGGGGUGUAAAGGGCAAAGAAGAGUUACUUAUGGCCUAUUUUGGGGAAAGUUUAGUAGGGAUUGCAUCUGAAUGGUUCAUAGAUCAGGAUAUCACCAACUGA